AUGGAUAUAGAUGAUCAUGGAGAAGCUGGCGUGAAUUUUUUCGACAGGACUCGCACCGGUCGACCUCGAUGCGAUCGACCUGCAAGAUACUUAGGGAGUACGCCGAAUGAACACUCAGAGAAUGCGCUCAGAACUCGACCUAUGUACAUGGGACACAGAGACGCCCUCGCUAUGUUCGGAAACUUGCCAGCAGAAGUUCGUGAAGACUCAUUCGACGAUAUUAUAGAAGCAAUGAAAAAGCAUAUGCGAGUCGACGCCGCAGCGCCUCGCAAUGGAGCCAGAGUUAUCGUUCUGGCGCCAUUACGUGAUGAUGCGGCUUACGCUCAAAAUAAAAUCGAGAUCAAUCAGGCCGUGGAUCUCGCGAAGAAGUCAGCUGCUUUAAUAUCACGUAAUAUCACAAGCAUGACUCCGUCGAUUGAGAACGGCAGCGAACCUUCCGGUCCUGCAGUACGCCCGAAGAGACGCAGCUUCAAAGCGUGCUCGACCGAAACAAUAUCCGAGUACCUGGAGGCCAUGAUGGGAUACAUAAAAUCAGAAGCGCGACACCUCGCGUUAAUUGAGAAUUCGAUGAGGUCAGCAAGAGCUGAACGUGUGCUUCGAGGAAAAGAGAGAGAAGCGCAGACUUGA